UCUAGGGGAAGUACCAUUUUGUCAUAAUUCGCUAACACACUGGGUUAGUAUAAAAUAUCUGGAUCAACACAACUCGAUAUCAGUAGUGUCCAUUGAACUGAAGUGUUAAGGCGCUUAUAGCAACGCGACAAAUCUUCAUAAGAAAAAGGAAGAAAGUACUUUCUCUAGAAUGAAUAUCCAAGGUAAUGCAGUAUCCAAUCCCGCUGGAGGACAGGAUGUGACCGUAACCGCUGGCAGGCAAUUUGGUUCCGACAACACUAAUAUCACAACUGGAGCUUUUGCCGGAGGUAAUACUCUACGAGGACCACCCAAUGCUGGAGUAUUUGCAAGUGCUAAUGCCAAUGGUCACAGUCUAUCGGUUUCAAAAACCGUUGUCCCCGGAGUAUCAGCAACCACUUCCCAUGCUGCCAGUGCAAACCUCUUCCGCAACGAUCAACACAGUGUCAAUGCCCAAGCAUUUUCCAAUUCAAACAACACGGAGCAGGUCUGAAUUAUAACAAUGCUAAUGGACACGGAGCUUCCAUUGGCGUGAAUAAGAUCCCCGGUUUCGGUAGUUCAAUGGACGUAGGAGC